GGAAAGUCCACCUUCCCCAACAAGGCCAGCCUGGGAACAUGGAGUGGCAGCGGCCGCAGCCAAUGAGAGACCAGACGCGCGGAAAGUUUGCUCAAUGGGCGACGUCCGAGAUAGGCUGUCACUCAGGUGGCAGCGGCUGAGGCCGGGCUGAGACGUGGCCAGGGGAACACGGCUGGCUGUCCAGGCCGUCGGGGCGGCGGUAGGGUCCCUAGCACGUCCUUGUCCUGUUAGGAGCUCCGAGCGGCGGGAGAGGCAGGCGUCAGUGGCUGCGCCUCCAUGCCUGCGCGCGGGGCGGGCCGCUGAUGGAGCGCGCCAUCAGCCCGGGGCUGCUGGUACGGGCGCUGCUGCUGCUGCUGCUGCUGCUGCUGCUGAGGCUCUCGACAAGGACGGUGGCCGCGGGGCGCGCCCGUGGCCUCCCAGCGCCGACGGCGGAGGCGGCGUUCGGCCUCGGGGCGGCCGCUGCUCCCACCUCAGCGACGCGAGUACCGGCGGCGGGCGCCGUGGCUGCGGCCGAAGUGACUGUGGAGGACGCUGAGGCGCUGCCGGCAGCCGCGGGCGAGCAGGAGCCGCGGGGUCCGGAACCAGACGAUGAGGCAGAGUUGCGACCGCGCGGCAGGUCAUUAGUAAUUAUCAGCACUUUAGAUGGGAGAAUUGCUGCCUUGGAUCCUGAAAAUCAUGGUAAAAAGCAGUGGGAUUUGGAUGUGGGAUCUGGUUCCUUGGUGUCAUCCAGCCUUAGCAAGCCAGAGGUAUUUGGGAAUAAGAUGAUCAUUCCUUCCCUGGAUGGAGACCUCUUCCAGUGGGACCGAGACCGUGAGAGCAUGGAAACGGUUCCUUUCACAGUUGAAUCACUUCUUGAGUCUUCUUAUAAAUUUGGAGAUGAUGUUGUUUUGGUUGGAGGAAAAUCUCUUACUACAUAUGGACUCAGUGCAUAUAGUGGAAAGGUGAGGUAUAUCUGUUCAGCUCUGGGUUGUCGCCAAUGGGAUAGUGAUGAAAUGGAACAAGAGGAAGACAUCCUGCUUCUACAGCGUACCCAAAAAACUGUUAGAGCUGUCGGACCUCGCAGUGGCAAUGAGAAGUGGAAUUUCAGUGUUGGCCACUUUGAACUUCGGUAUAUUCCAGACAUGGAAACGAGAGCCGGAUUUAUUGAAAGCACCUUUAAGCCCAAUGAGAACACAGAAGAGUCUAAAAUUAUUUCAGAUGUGGAAGAACAGGAAGCUGCCAUAAUGGACAUAGUGAUAAAGGUUUCGGUUGCUGACUGGAAAGUUAUGGCAUUCAGUAAGAAGGGAGGACAUCUGGAAUGGGAGUACCAGUUUUGUACUCCAAUUGCAUCUGCCUGGUUACUUAAGGAUGGGAAAGUCAUUCCCAUCAGUCUUUUUGAUGAUACAAGUUAUACAUCUAAUGAUGAUGUUUUAGAAGAUGAAGAAGACAUUGUAGAAGCUGCCAGAGGAGCCACAGAAAACAGUGUUUACUUGGGAAUGUAUAGAGGCCAGCUGUAUCUGCAGUCAUCAGUCAGAAUUUCAGAAAAGUUUCCUUCAAGUCCCAAGGCUUUGGAAUCUGUCAAUAAUGAAAACGCAAUUAUUCCUUUGCCAACAAUCAAAUGGAAACCCUUAAUUCAUUCUCCUUCUAGAACUCCUGUCUUGGUAGGAUCUGAUGAAUUUGACAAAUGUCUCAGUAAUGAUAAGUUUUCUCAUGAAGAAUAUAGUAAUGGUGCACUUUCAAUCUUGCAGUAUCCAUAUGAUAAUGGUUAUUAUCUACCAUACUACAAGAGGGAGAGGAACAAACGAAGCACACAGAUUACAGUCAGAUUCCUCGACAACCCAAAUUACAACAAGAAUAUCCGCAAAAAGGAUCCUGUUCUUCUCUUACACUGGUGGAAAGAAAUAGUUGCAACGAUUUUGUUUUGUAUCAUAGCAACAACGUUUAUUGUGCGCAGGCUUUUCCAUCCUCAUCCUCACAGGCAAAGGAAGGAGUCUGAAACUCAGUGUCAAACUGAAAAUAAAUAUGAUUCUGUAAGUGGUGAAGCCAAUGACAGUAGCUGGAAUGACAUAAAAAACUCUGGAUAUAUAUCACGAUAUCUAACUGAUUUUGAGCCAAUUCAAUGCCUGGGACGUGGUGGCUUUGGAGUUGUUUUUGAAGCUAAAAACAAAGUAGAUGACUGCAAUUAUGCUAUCAAGAGGAUCCGUCUCCCCAAUAGGGAAUUGGCUCGGGAAAAGGUAAUGCGAGAAGUUAAAGCCUUAGCCAAGCUUGAACACCCAGGCAUUGUUAGAUAUUUCAAUGCCUGGCUCGAAGCACCACCAGAGAAGUGGCAAGAAAAGAUGGAUGAAAUUUGGCUGAAAGACGAAAGCACAGACUGGCCACUCAGCUCUCCUAGCCCAAUGGAUGCACCAUCAGUUAAAAUACGUAGAAUGGAUCCUUUCUUUACAAAAGAACAUAUUGAAAUCAUAGCUCCUUCACCACAAAGAAGCAGGUCUUUUUCAGUAGGGAUUUCUUGUGACCAGACAAGUUCAUCUGAGAGCCAGUUCUCACCACUGGAAUUCUCAGGAAUGGACCAUGAGGACAUCAGUGAGUCAGUGGAUGCAGCAUACAACCUCCAGGACAGUUGCCUUACAGACUGUGAUGUGGAAGAUGGUACUAUGGAUGGCAAUGAUGAGGGGCACUCCUUUGAACUUUGUCCUUCUGAAGCUUCUCCUUAUGUAAGGUCAAGGGAGAGAACCUCCUCUUCAAUAGUAUUUGAAGAUUCUGGCUGUGAUAAUGCUUCCAGUAAAGAAGAGCCGAAAACUAAUCAAUUGCAUAUUGGCAACCAUUGUGCUAAUAAACUAACUGCUUUCAAGCCCACCAGUAGCAAAUCUUCUUCUGAAGCUACAUUGUCAGUUUCUCCUCCAAGACCAACCACUUUAAGUUUAGAUCUCACUAAAAACACCACAGAAAAACUCCAGCCCAGUUCACCAAAGGUGUAUCUUUACAUUCAAAUGCAGCUGUGCAGAAAAGAAAACCUCAAAGACUGGAUGAAUGGACGAUGUACCAUAGAGGAGAGAGAGAGAAGCAUGUGUCUGCACAUCUUCCUGCAGAUCGCAGAGGCAGUGGAGUUUCUUCACAGUAAAGGACUGAUGCACAGGGACCUCAAGCCAUCCAACAUAUUCUUUACAAUGGAUGAUGUGGUCAAGGUUGGAGACUUUGGGUUAGUGACUGCAAUGGACCAGGAUGAGGAAGAGCAGACGGUUCUGACCCCAAUGCCAGCAUACGCCAGACACACAGGACAAGUAGGGACCAAACUGUAUAUGAGCCCAGAGCAGAUUCAUGGAAACAGCUAUUCUCAUAAAGUGGACAUCUUUUCUUUAGGCCUGAUUCUAUUUGAAUUGCUGUACCCAUUCAGCACUCAGAUGGAAAGAGUCAGGACCUUAACUGAUGUAAGAAAUCUCAAAUUUCCACCAUUAUUUACUCAGAAAUAUCCUUGUGAGUAUGUGAUGGUUCAAGACAUGCUCUCUCCAUCCCCCAUGGAACGACCUGAAGCUACAAACAUCAUUGAAAAUGCUGUAUUUGAGGACUUGGACUUUCCAGGAAAAACAGUGCUCAGACAGAGGUCUCGCUCCUUGAGUUCAUCGGGAACAAAACAUUCAAGACAGUCCAACAACUCCCAUAGCCCUUUGCCAAGCAAUUAGCCUUAAGUUGUGCUAGCAACCCUAAUAGGUGACACAGAUAAUAGCCUACUUCUUAGAACAUGCCUGUCCAAAAUUGCAGACUUGAAAAGUUUGUUCUUUGCUCAAUUUUCUUGUGGACUACUUUUUUUAUAUCAAAUUUAAGCUGGAUUUGGGGGCAUAACCUAAUGAGCCAACUCUUGAGUUUUGCUAUACGUAAGGAAAGGGCUAUCUUUGUUCUUUGUUAGUCUCUUGAAACUGGCUGCUGGCCAAGCUUUAUAGCCCUCACCAUUUGCCUAAGGAGGUAGCAGCAAUCCCUAAAAUAUAUAUAGUGAGAACUAAUAUGGAUAUAUUUUUAUAAUACAGAAGAAGGAAAGUCCCCCAUGUGGUAACUGUAUUGUUCUAGAAAUAUGCUUUCUAGAGAUAUGAUGAUUUUGAAACUGAUUUCUAGAAAAAGCUGACUCCAUUUUUGUCCCUGGUGGGUAAAUUAGGAAUCUGCACUAUUUUGGAGGACAAGUAGCACAAACUGCAUAACGGUUUAUGUCCGUAGUUUUAUAGUCCUAUUUGUAGCAUUCAGUAGCUUUAUUCCUUAGAUGGUUCUAGGGUGGGUUUACAGCUUUUUGUACUUUUACCUCCAAUAAAGGGAAAAUGAAGCUUUUUGUGUAAAUUGGUUGAAAGGUCUAGUUUUGGGAGGAAAAAAGCCGUAGUAAGAAAUGGAUCAUAUAUAUUACAACUAACUUCUUCAAUUAUGGACUUUUUAAGCCUAAUGAAAUCUUAAGUGUCUUAUAUGUAAUCCUGUAGGUUGGUACUUCCCCCAAACUGAUUAUAGGUAACAGUUUAAUCAUCUAACUUGCUAACAUGUUUUUAUUUUUCACUGUAAAUAUGUUUAUGUUUUAUUUAUAAAAAUUCUGAAAUCAAUCCAUUUGGGUUGGUGGUGUACAGAACACACUUAAGUGUGUUAACUAUUGUGACUUCUUUCAAGUCUAAAUGAUUUAAUAAAACUUUUUUUAAAUUAA